CUCCCCACAACAAUGCCCGUCCCCUUCCCCAUGCCCCAUUUCCCACCCGAAGUCGAGCAAGAAGAAGAAGAAGAAGAGCCAUCAGAGUCGUCAUCACAUGCACCACCGCAUCCCCCGGCCCCUCCUCCUUCACCGUCCUCUUCUUCCACUCAAACGCCCACACACAUCUCCUCCACCACCGUAACGGGACCAUUCUUCGUCCCGACUCCUUCUUCUUCUCGGGCUUCAUCAUCGUCGUCGUCAUCCCGUCCCUCACAGCCACCACCACACCCGCCAGCUCCAGCACCAGCUCCAGCACCAGCCCCAGCAGCCCCAGCGGGACACCUACCCGCACGCCACCACGAGUUCCGAUUCCCAGUGAUCCGGCGGGAUCUUGGAGACGUCUUGGCCUAAUCCGAUCUAAUCACUUGGAAAUUCUUCACAAGUCAAACGGACGGCGUGUGUGUUGGGUUUGUAGUAUCGCUGGGGGCUUGGGGGGUAGCGAACAAACGCUCAUUGUGAUGAUUAUGAUCAUGUAAUCCGCUUGCUUUUCCUCGUUUCCUCGCUUCUUCUCUUCUAAUAUUGUU